AUGCCCAGCUACAUCAAGGAUAUGAGCUUGGGCAUGUCCUCGGACGCGAACAAGAACCCAAACGUGAGGUAUAAAGAGGUGGCAGCGAUCAUCAGCAACGUCAUCUCCAUUUUUGAUUUUAGCGAGAGGCUUACACAGUCAAGUAAGACCAAGUACAUGAUUGUGUUCACGGACGUGUUGUUAGCUACGCAGAUGACGACGAUCGUGCUCGUGUUCACAACCUUCUCCAUGUACAUGCACUGGGACGACUACGUGUAG